AACAACAAAGAACAUAUACACACACAAAUAAAAAUGGCAAGAAUCAUAAUUACACUCUCUACUGUUCUAUUUUUCUUCCUCUUUCACCAAACCAUGUCUCAACCUGAACACAUGUCUACUUUCUGCAACCCUAUCGAAAACUUUACACAAACCAGUCUAUACGAAGCAAACCGAGACCUUUUACUCUCCUCUCUCCGCACCAGGUCUUUACUAGGAACCUAUUCCAACGCCACGGUCGGUCUUAGCCCCAACACAGUCCAUGGCAUGUUCCUCUGUAGAGGAGACACAACCGCAACGUCAUGCUCAGACUGUGUCCAAACCGCUACAAUCGAGAUCGCUACAAACUGUAGCCUUAACACAGGAGCGGUCAUAUACUACCAAGAGUGUAUGGUUCGCUACUCAAAUGUUAAUUUCUUCUCUGUUCUUGAGGUCAGACCAAGCAUCGUUCUUUACUCUAUUCGUUCUGCUCCAAACUCGGAUACAUUCAAUGAAACACUAGCUGUUAAAUUCAACGCGCUGAUUCUCAGCGUAUCUUCUUCCUCUUCGGUUCCAUAUUUCGUGGAAGAUCAAGAACGUGUGACGCAAGGAACAGAGGGUUCUUAUGAGUUAGAGUCAAUGGUUCAGUGCAGUCCUGGUCUUGAUCGGUUUAACUGUACAGUUUGUCUCAGAUUUGCGCUCUUAAGAGUUUCAACUUGUUGUGGCUCACCAGGUUCUGCAUUCCUCUUUACUCCUAAAUGUCUUUUGAGAUAUCAAACCUCUGCUUUGCCAUCGCCACCGUUAUCUCCGCCUCCUCUAUCUCCCCCGCCUCCACCGCCACCGGCUCUAUUUUUACCGCCUCCAGCUAUAUCGCAACCGCCACCGCCGCUGGUUUUCACGCGGCCACAGGACGUUCCAAGUCUUGGCGGGUCGUUUUCUUUUAACGUUAUUAAAGGAAACGAAUUAUAUGGGAGAAUUGCUAUUACAAUGGCAGCGUUGGUGUUUGCACUUGUGAAUUUGUGAACACAUUUGAUGAUUUUGAAUUGAAAUAAUUUGUAUUUCCUUUAAUAUUUGUCAUGAGAUGUGUUCUUAAGAUCCAAAACCACAAAGGAUGUGAUUAUAUGAAUAUAUUGUUAAAAGAAAAACAAAUCAGGUUGAUUUUGAUGUUUGUAUGGAUUGAUCAAUAAAAGGAAAAGAACUGGAGUUUGA